UCCUCAGCUUGCUUUUUUCCCAUGGCGACAUAACGCGUCCUAGAGUAGCAUGAUGGCCCUCAAGUCUCUAUGUACUAUAUUAUGCGUUGGUCUCAGGUGCAGCCCUGCAUAUGGAGCCGGAGGGGACAAACUCGUACGAGUUAUAACAGGAACCGUUUUGAAAUGAUGCUUGAAGCACCAGGAAACUCGCGCAAUACUUCACGGUACGGACUCCUCUUUCAUCUCAUCAUUUGUGCAGUUCGCAAGAUUCGUUACCGUUGUGAGUGCGCGAUGGACGGCGUGUCUGCCACCAUUGCGCGGGUUCGCGCCUUCCGUUCCCUCGAUGUCAGCAACACCUCAGCAUCCUUGGCUCUGCACCAACAACACCAUCCUGUACAUGUUAACAGCUCGACAAUGCACUAUUCAGCGCACAACAUCAGAGUUCUGUCGAUCGACUUGCCGCCAUUGGGGAUAUGCGCUUCGGAAACGCCUUCAAUCUAUCGAACACAUAUCGUCGCUGAUGACGACGCUUGGAAGGGCAUGCAAAGUGCUACAGCUUCAUGAGGUUGUCACGACCAUCGUGAAGCGCCUCGGCACGUACGAAAGUGUCGCAUUGUCCCUUUUGGGUUGCGGUAUUGCCGAGCCUCUGCGAUAGGAACUGCAGGAUGAUCCCUUUGUAAUCUGG